AUGUCAGGAAAGAAAGUGGAUGCGGAAAUUGUGAGGAAGCAAUAUAUACCCGAUAGGAGCUUCAUUGAUGAAGCUGAAAUUAUUGACGUGUCUACUUUUGACUUCGAUGACAGUGAUGGCUGGUUGUAUGUACCAACAAAAUAUAAAACGGAAUCUACAGUUCAUGAUUUGUACACCUGGUUAAAAACUGAACCGGAGCUGACUUUUUCAGCUAAUAGAAAAUCUAUUGAUACAAGAACAUUUACAAGAUCUAAGAAACGGUCUAGUAGAACUAGUUUUGAAUCUAUUUUGGAAUCUUUAUCUUCACCUGUGUCAAAUACAUGGAGAACUUCAAAUUUUUCAAAUAUAGAGGAAGAUUUAAAUAAAUAUUCAGACAUAUCUAUUGCCAAUAAAGAAGAAACUGUGCCCUCUAUGUUAAAAAUGGCAUCUAACUCAAAUGUUACUUUCUUUGCUGAUGAGGCCAUAAUGUCAGGUCAAGAAAGCAUGGAAGUAUUCUUAAAUAUGUCUCAGUCAAAGGGAAUUGAUUCAUUUAUUAAUUUAAUGGAACCUGGACUUAAUGAUCCUCUGAUGAAUGUUUCACAACCCUCUAUUUUUUAUUCAUCUAUUACCUCAUUGCCUAGAGAUGAUUUAUUACAUAAUACAGAAUGUGAUAAAGAUGAGAAAGCUUUAAAUGUGAUUCAGUUAUGUAACCAAGGAAUAGACAAAUAUGAGGAUGUUGGAGACUUAAAUAUCAAUGAGACAUUUUUAAAAAGUAAUGAAUCAGACAAUAACAAAAGCUACUGCCUGAUUACAACGAAUAACAUACCUACACAUAAAUCUGAUGAGAUUAAAAAUGAAAUGAAUGAAACCUAUAAUGUUGAUAUAACUUCUGAAACAGUUACAUUGUCAAAUUCUGAUAAAGAUAAAUCUAGUACAACUAAUUUGUCUUCCACAUAUGUAAAUAAAAAUGAUAAUAAUAUAAAAUUAUUACAAUCUGAAAAUAAUGAAAUGAAAGAAUUAUGUAACUUAAAUACUACAUAUCCAUCAAUUUCUCAGAAAGAAAAAAACUUGCUUGUUUUAGAUACUACAUAUUGUACUAUAGAUACUGAAAAAGCAAGUAAUGGUGUAGCUUCAACUGAUAAAAGUGACAUGCAACAUAACAAAGAUGAAUCAGACAAAUUGCAAAAACCUGUAAUUCACAAUAUAACGAAAAUUAUGGUUGACUCUUCCAUGCCUCUCGCAAAUUCUUCCUUUUCGCUUAUUCAUGAUGAUGCUUUGAAUUCUGUGUUUAAGUUACCAAUUCCUCUUUGUAAUCAGUCAACGCCUAAAAAUAUGGAUACAUUAAAUUCUACAUACAGAAUGACUAAUAAACAUUUAGAGCCACCUCGAGUAUAUAAUACAAUUUUAAAUUCGAACUUUAAAACGCCGACUUUAUUGAGGAAAGAAUUAUUAGCAGAAAUAUACAAAAGUGGAGAUCACAGACUGGAUUGCACAUUUAAUCAUGUAGAUAAAGUAUGUCAAAAUGCAAAACCUAAGAAAGAAAUUGAUGAAGCUUUGUGUCAGAAUGAUAAAAAUGAUAUUCCUGUAGAAAAUAAAUACAAUACAUAUAAAAAGGAGUCAUCACUUAGCAAAAUUAAAUCUCAUGCUGAAAUAACAGAGGAAGCUGAGUCUUGUAUUAAAAAUUCACAAGAUAAGAAAUACUAUACAUUUACGAAGAAAGGUGGUAAUCACAGUGGAAAAAGUGAUAUGGAAAACGCUGAAUCGUUUGACAAUGUAGAUGCUAUGUUCGUAAAGCCGUUUUCGAAAUUACAAAAACGAAAGCAACAUAUUCCACGGAUGCUUUCAAAAUUACCACAGUUCCUUCAAAAAUCUAAUCCAAAUCUUAUAUCCAAUUCAUUGAAAACUGUUAACAUGUCAGGAUGUACGAAUACAUCUAAAGUUGGAUAUAUGAAAGGUUCACAGCCAAACAUUGUUAGAGACGUUGAAAAAAGUUUAGCAAAUAAAUUAUACUCUUUAGGAAAGAUGAAAAGUGGCUCUGAACAACGACUCUUAGAAUUGAAUACAGGUGUGGGAGAAUUACAAAUGUUGGGUGCUGGAGGAUCUACAGAAAGUAUUGAAAGUACUCAAAGUGCUCAUAGUGCACCUGAUUUAGAUGAUAGACUCAGUACAUGUUCAGACAGUAGCCAUAAUUCAUAUACAACCCAGCCAAUGAAUAUUGAACAACUUCAUCAGAUAGUACGAAUGCAGGAAGAAAGUUUGAAACAAGAUACAACAUCUCGAUUGGAUAGGCGAGUUGUAGAAAAUACUUGGAUUGAUAUAAAAAAAGAUUUACCUUCCCCUAUAUUAAAGAAUGGUGUUGAUAAUCGCGAUAGUGAUUCACCAUUGAGUAUGGAUUUUAAUGUUAAAACAAGUUCUCCAAUAUUAAGUCCCACGAGAUCUAGUCAGUCAAUAAACACUGAUGGUCAUUCUAUGGAAACUGUAUUGAAGCAACAGAAUGAAGUAGACAUGGUGAAAAAAGUUAAAGUUUUUAAUAAACCAGUUAUGAAAGUUGAAAACAAGACAAGAUUACGACCACCAACGAAUUGGAACACUGGAAAUAGACCUUCAAAUCUUAUGAGCGCUAUACCUAGACCACCAUCACGCAUACCAGCACCCAGGUUUGUCAGGCCAACAAAAAAUAUCCAAGGUGAUAUAAAACGAGGAUAUAUGUAAAAUUAUAGGGCGUAUUGAUAAUCAUA